AUGGAGACUAGACGAUUGAAGCGAGAUGUUGAGGCCUUGCUUGGGGAAUACAUUGGGCGGAGACUUAGGGAAAAUAACUUUGAUCCUAUGGGGAAAGGAUCCUCUACAGUGCUGGAUGAGUUGGCGCAUUAUGAUUUGGCCAUAAAUGUGGCCCUAUGGUGGUUAGAUAAAGAUGAUGAGCAGGAUUUGAUGGAGACUGAUUUAAGAGGACUCGGCAGUCCAGGAGAUGACCAGUACCCUAACAGACUGGAACGAGAGGCCAUGAUCCUCUCAUCUUUUGCUGGCAUGUUACUGAAUAAGUUGCCUGUGAAGGAAAUACUCUCGCUCUAUAGCUCUAAGCCGUCAGCUUCCUAUUUCCAUCAGCACACAAAGAGCGCCAUUGUUCACCCAUUCUCACUGUCAUAUCACCCAUUCGCCAUGCUCCACUCAUUCAAGGCUGUGGACCAUUCUAAAAGACACACCAAGAAGCUAAAGCGCUGGAGCAGUCAGCACAGGAAAGCUGGUGACACCGUAGACUCUGUGGGGUGUGAAACUGUCCAGUCCUGCUCCUCCUCAUCCCACUCCACUUUCACUGCUAGUGGAAAUUCCCUGAAAGAACAGAUGGAGCAUGAUGAAGGCUCACAGGAAUCUCUUCAUAGCCCAAGAUAA